AGUGGAGAGCCCCAGAACUCAGAAGUCUGUAGAAGUUCAGAAGAGAGUUGUAAACCAUAGCCCACUGGCACCAAUGACUUCAAACCAUCGCAUAUAGAGAGAGAGCAUUUCACAGGUGAAUGAGUGAUCCCUCGCCUGUUGGCCAGCUUCUGCUUCAACCAAUAUACUAAGUGAGGAUUAGUGGGCUUUGUUACCAUGGGAGUAGGAGACAGUUGUGACAGACUUAGUCCUCACAGAUAAACCAGCAGAGAUUGCCCAGGGUGAACCUGUCUCUGCCCGCGUGUCACCUGGCCUGCUGCCGUCAUGGGAUGUGGACUGUCCUCCGGGGGAUCCUCCGAGAUGAAGAAAUCAGAAAAAGCAAUGAAGUCCGCUAUCUUGAUCCAGAGGUGGUAUCGCCAGUAUCGUGCCCGCCUGGAGGCGAGAAGGCGUUACACCUGGAACAUCUUCCAGUCCAUAGAGUACGCAGGUGAACAGAACCAAUUAAAGCUGUACAAUUUCUUCACGGAGAUGCUGGUACACUUGUCACCAGGGGCAGGAGGGGAAUCCAAGCUCGUGAACGCAUUCUCUCUUACUUGUCGAAAACCAUCAGUAUGCAAACAAGAUUCCUUAGCACUGGAGGAUGAAGAGUUACUGGACCUGACGGACCCGAAACCCAUUGAGAUAGAGCCCAGCUACAGCGGCCCUCACAUUGAGUUCCCGCUCACACAAGCUCACAUACAGAGGCUCAUUGCUGCAUUUAAGAAGAAGCAGCUACUUCAUGCUAAGUACCUGUUGCAGCUUCUCCAUGAAGCUCGCAAACGAUUGAAGUUAUUGAAGAAUAUCAGUCAUGCAUCGUCUUCCAUAGCUAAACAAGUGACUGUCUGUGGUGAUCUCCAUGGGAAACUUGAUGAUCUUAUUAUGGUAUUCUAUAAAAAUGGUCUUCCAGCUGUAGACAAUCCAUAUGUGUUUAACGGUGACUUUGUGGACCGUGGACCCUCAUCUGUAGAAGUAUCGUCAGUGCUGUUUGCUUGUUUUCUGGUCAAUCCUAAUGAAGUGUACCUGAACAGAGGCAAUCACGAGGAUCACAUUAUGAACCUCAGGUACGGGUUUAUUAAAGAAAUAAUGGGCAAGUACAAGAGGCAUGCAACCAAAAUCAUAAAACUGUUUGAGGAUGUUUUUAGCUGGUUGCCAUUAGCAACCCUGAUUGACAGUAAGGUGUUGGUGGCCCACGGGGGGAUUUCUGACAAGAUCGACCUGGAGUACCUGGCAAAGAUUGACCGUCAUAAGUAUUUAUCAGCUUUGCGGCCACCAGUGACAGAAACCUUCAGUCACGCCUCCUCCAAUGAGAUAGACCUGGUGGAAUGGAGACAGAUAUUGGACAUCCUGUGGAGCGACCCUCGUCACCAGAAGGGUUGUAAGCCAAACACAUUCCGGGGAGGAGGCAGUUACUUUGGGCCAGAUAUCACGGAGCAGAUUCUCACCAAACACAAUUUACAGUUGCUGAUUCGCUCUCAUGAAUGUAAACCUGAUGGAUAUGAGUAUACUCAUAAUGGCAAGGUAUUAACUAUAUUUUCCGCAUCAAAUUACUAUGAAAUUGGCAGCAACAAGGGUGCUUAUGUCAAGCUGCAAGAACCAGAUCUACAGCCUCACAUAGUUCAAUACAUGGCCAGUCGGAGGAUUGAAAAACGCAAGAUCACCCUCACAGAACGGAUUAGCAUGGUGGAAGCAUCUGCUUUAAGAGACCUGCGAGAAAAAAUCAUCUCCUCAAAGUCUGAGUUAAUGAAGCAGUUUGAGAGUUAUGAUGAGGAAAAAACAGGUAAGAUUCACAGCAGUGUGUGGUGCUCCUGUAUGGAGAACAUCCUGGAAAUGGACCUGCCCUGGAGAACUCUGAGAACCAAACUGGUCAAGUCAGACACAAAUCACAACAUGGUCAUCUAUGAAACCACAUUUGAACAGUUCAAGAUUCAGCACAAAUUCACUGAGAAUGGUCCCACAGUUACAGAAACCCUGUACAAGAACAAAGACAGUCUGGAGACAAUUUUUAGGCUGAUAGACAAAGAUAAUUCUGGUUACAUUACCAUGGACGAGUUUUCUGAUGCCUGCAGUAUUCUUAGUCAACAUAUUGGACUGCCCAUCAAGAAGGAGGAGGUUGCUGAUUUGGCCCGUAGCAUAGAUAUUAACAAGGAUGGCAAAAUAGAUUUCAAUGAAUUUCUAGAAGCAUUCCGAUUGGUGGAUAUGGAAGGAAAAGAAGUUAAGAUUCUUGGCGAUUCACCAAUAAAAAUGGACUCCACAUUGUCACAGUAUGACUUGCACCGCGAUGGAACGAAAGACCUACAUGAGGUGGAAUCUAAUCAAACAGAUGAAAAGCCAGACAAGCAAGUGUCUAACGUCAGCUCCAAGUCGGUGACGUCUAAAGGGAGUGACUACUAGUCAGAAUUCUCCCUAAAUGUCUCCAGAGACAUUAGCCGUGAGAAUUCUGUAUAAGUAGUUCUCUGUUCGCCUGCUCAUUCUCUUCUGUGACCAGCCAGUGCUGUGUCUACAUGUGUGUGGUUCCCAAGUUCUGCCUCAAUACAUAAACA